AUGGACGACAUGGCCGAGCAUCAAGCACAAGAGUCGAAUUCCACACGUUUCCCUACACCAUCACACCCAGCUGCGACAUCGAAGCACGCCUCGUCGACCGCAUCUCCUCCGCAAGCAGCUUCAGGUCCUGACAUCGCACCACAACAGCUACAUCCUGCACGACCACCGCCAGCCCUCUCACGGCAGCAAAAACGACAGCUCCUCGAUCGUCGCACACGCGAGUCGUCAUCCUCCCUCUCGCCUGCACCCUCGUCAUCCCCCUCUUUAUCGUCACCGCAGCUAGACGCCACCUCACAGCGCAGUCCAAAGAAGCGCAUACAACCGCUUCGCAACUCUUUCAGGUCGUCCGCCGCAUCUCGUCGCGCAAAGUCAUCUGCUGAUUCGCCUGCAACAGCUGCUGCCUGCACCGCACAGCAGCCUGCCUUCCCCGAUUCCCGAGUAGGCGUUCCCACACCGCUGGAUUCGGCCAGCUCGCUUCUACAACGAGCAGCUCCACCGCUUGUCGCUCAGGGUCAUUCCAUUCACAGCGCAGCCCCUUAUCCUAGCUCCCCUCUAGCACGCAACCAGUCGCGUCUGCCCCUUCAGCGAGCAUCCUGUCCAGCAGAGACUUUGGGCGCUUUCUCACCAGGUUCAGCCGACACGCAUCGAAGCCUUCAUCCUGCACCGGGAACACAGUGCUAUCCUCCAGGCUCCACUCCUGCGCUGGUCCAUCCCGCUGCUCAGGUCGCAUCACAGGUAGCAGACCAUCCCCUUCAGACGCAGAACGGAUCGCUUGCUCACUCAGCACAGCAAGCUGUACCCGCCGUCCAUCUCAGAAACAUCGUACCCGCACAAUCGGUGUACCUUCGUCCGCAGCACCAAGUAGCUACUCCUCAUCAUCCAUCUCAGCUCGGACCGCACUCGCCUUAUCCGGUGUCAACUGGUGCACAUCAUCGCGGCGCAAUAAGAGAGCAUCCGCAACUUCGACACGCAUUCAACUAUCAUCCAUACCCGUCUCCGAACCAAUCGUUCCCUUCUCAGUACAGGAUGGACCAACAAGGCCAAAUGACACAGUCGCAAGCCCAAGCACAGCAUCAAAUGCAAAUGCAGAUGCAAAUGCAGAUGGCCCAGGCACAAGCACAGGCGCAAGCACAAGCACAGCAACAAGCUCACACCCUCCGUCGAAAGAACGCGCAGGACGUGUUGGUGGGACAAGGCUUCCGUGGGUUGAAGCGCGGCCGACCUACCGACCGUAGUCUGCCUCCCUCGCUGAAGCGUCAGGUGCCCGAGUCAGCCUUCUACUCGGACCUUCAGCGCAUGGAGAAGAAUCUCGACUGGACAGUGGCGAGAAAGCGAGCCGAGCUCACCGAUGGUCUCUCGCGACCUCCCAAGAUCAAGCGCACGCUGCGCAUCUUCUUGAGCAACACAUGCGCCAACCAGCCUUUCCAGCUCGCCGAGAAGCAAAAGGCCAAGGACUCUGCGCCAUCUGCCGAGGCGGGCGACGCAGCCGAGGUCAAGGCCGAAGGCGACAAGGAUGCGAGCCAAGACAAGGAGGAGGACGCUGUGCCUUCGUGGACGGUCCGCAUCGAGGGUCGCCUGCUGGAGCCCUCCUUCAAGUCGCGUGCCAACACGGCUCUCUCUGCCCAGGCGAGCAUCAACCGCACGGGCGCGCACAAGUUCAGCAAUCUCAUCAAGACGUGCGUCGUGGAACUCAUGCGCGACCCGGCCUUGUAUCCGGACGGCAGCAACAUCGUCGAGUGGCACCGCCCCGUGCCCUCUGUUGCGCCAGCAAGUGGUAUGCAGGCAGGAGGAGGAGCUGGCGGUCUCGGAGGAACCCAAGGCAUGGAGGCACCGCUGGUUGCCAGUGCCGAGCCAGCGUUGGAUGGCUUUGAGAUCAAGCGCAAGGGCAAUGUCCCCACCAAGGUCAAGAUCGUGCUCUAUCCCGCAUAUACCCCGGAGCGCUACUCGCUGUCCUCCGAGCUGGCCGCGCUGCUCGACAUUCGCGAAGAGUCGCGUGCCGGCGUCAUCUCGGCGCUUUGGUCGUACGUCAAGGAGAAGAAGCUGCUGGACGAGACGGAUCGGAAAAAGGUCAAGUGCGAUGCUGCGCUGCGCUCGCUCUUCAACACGGACACGAUCAACUUCCACCACAUGCCCGAAGUCGUCAACCGUCAUCUUCACCCUGCACAGCCCAUCGUCAUCGAGUACUGGGUCCGAACCGACAAGGCCGAGUACAAGCAUUCGACGGCGUACGACAUUGAGCUUGAUCUCGAGGAUCUCGCCAUCCGUCAAAAGCAGCACAACGUGCUCGCACAGUUCGAUACGGCCAACGACGCCACUUCGCGGGAGAUCGCCGAGUUGGACGACAAGAUCGCUCAAGCGGCGGCUACGAUCCGCAACCGCGCCAGUGCGCGCGACUUUUUGGCUGCCUUUGCGAAGGAUCCGCAGGGACACUUGCGGACGUGGAUUGCCAGCCAGGCGCGCGAUCUGGAUGCGAUCCUGGGCAACAAUCCGAUCCCGGGUGCAGGAGGAUCCGUGUCGAGCUUCACCGCGGAGGAGAUGCGACGUGCCGAAACGUUCAAGGGUGCCUGGGUGGACGAGGCGGUGAUCGUCAAUGAGGCGCAGAGGCUGGCCGAGAAGCUGCAAGAGCUGCAGUCGCAGGCUGCUCAACCGCAUCCCGGUCAGCAGGGUAUGUAG